AUGUCCGAGGAGGCAUCAUCCAUUGGAAGGGAGGCGAAGAGGCUCCAUCAAGACCUCAAAGCUGUCCUCGCAAAAUCUCGAGAACCUUGGGACAGGGAGAUUGAAUUCCAGCGAAAGAACCUUCAGAAACAAUACCUAACACUCCUCCUCACGUACCCUCACGCCAAGGAAUCUAAAGAUGCUGAAACCCAUCUCUGGAUGUCUACUUCCUAUGCUCUUAUCACCCUUUACAAAAAGCACCUGGUGACCGUUGAGAAUUCCCUGCGCGAUGGCGGCGCGCAGAAGCAGCCGGGGCGGCCACAGCGCCACGGUCCCGUGGAACACCGCAAGCUAAUGCAGCGUUUCAAGCAGUUUCUAGCUCAAGAAGAGAAAUUCUGGACGCAGUUGGUCGUCCGUCUUCAACGCCAAUUCGAGCUCACAGAGGCCCGUGCGGCCCUCGUUCAGCUCGGUCUUCUUUCCUCAUCCGAUGAUCCGGCCACCGACGCAGGCAAUGUAGCAGAAGACGACGUGAGCACAGGAAGAAGUCAUUUUCGCUUUCCCCCCGAACCGCACGACCCCCAAUCACCACUUACACCCGCACGACAUGCGAGUCAUCUGACAACGCUGGCGAAGGCCCUUAUCUGUCUCGGCGACCUGGCGCGCUAUCGGGAGCAAUACAGUGAAGCGAACGGGCGGCCUCGUCCCGGGAACGAACAGGGGCAACGCCGCGGUGGUCGCAAUCGGCGACAGGCUGCUGAACAAACGAAGUCGCGUAAUUAUGACAAGGCAAGAAUGUGCUACGAGCGCGCGCGCGACCUGGUUCCAAACGAAGGCAAUGCUUCUCAUCAGCUCGCGAUCCUGGCAUCGUACCAGAAGGACACGUUUGAGAGUCUGGUUCACUAUUAUAGGGCUAUAUGCGUACAAGUGUCGUACGACCCUGCUGCUGAAAACAUGGGCAACGUACUCUCAAAGUUUCUGGAUGUGUGGCACACGAAACGAGGUAAGGCCAAGGCUUCUCCAGAAAACGAGAACGUCAGAGACCAGGCCCGUACGUUUAAGGAUGAUGUAGUACUCGUCCAUGCACUUUGGAGGCGGACACGCGAGCAGAUGGACACGAUUGCACCCGGGCGCGAUGAUCAACUGGUUGAAGAGUUCUCGACCCUAGUUUCAUCGCGCGCUCUUUCCAUUGACACGAUCCUGAAGGUCUUUGUGCUUGCGCAUGGCGCAUUGUGGAAGCAUCAAAUGGUGCACGCCGCCCUGCCCGUAUCAUCCAAACGCCCAAGCGAACCCAUCACCAUCGAAUCUCGCAUCCUCGCCCACAUCUUUGCUCUGCAUGCUGCCCUGCUCCAACGUGGCACCGCAGAGCUUGAAGAAUCGGCAAGGAUUGUAGAGGACGACCCGGCCAUGCGUAUCACUGCGACUUUCCGACGAAUGCUUCCCGCGCUACGCGUGGCGGGAAAGUGGCUGCGCGCGAAUCUAUCGUAUGUGCAGGAGCCACCGGCACCGAUUGCCCGUAUUCGCGAAUUCUGGGAUACGUACAACGGGUUCGCUACCAGCGUUGCGAGAGUAUUCCCACUGGAGGCAUUGCCAAGGUUGAGGCAACCCCUCGAAGAAGAUGUCGAGCUACGCGCGUAUCUCCCGCUGAAGGGGCUGCUUAGCGGUGAUGACCAAGACAUUGCCAACGCCGGACAAGAACCUGAUGUGAAAGAACGCUCGCCGGAACAAGUGCAUCCUAAUGAAGAGCAACUUAUGCGCGUCUGGGAUGUCUGGCACGACGCAAAAAUGCUGGCGGAUGCGAGAGGCACUCCGAUGGAGUCGUUUGAUCACACAUCAAGACAAGCUCAACGUGGGGAAGUCAAUGAUCAGAAUAUUACACACGUGUCGAAGGCCGUUGACGAGACUGAUUGGCGAGCGCUGUCUCCCGCGAAAAUCAAGACCGCUGUGAUCGAAGUGGAUGAGGAUGCAAGGACAGAGGCCACGGAUCCGGUCGGGGAUGUGUUCAGACAGGUUUUGAACGUUUCUGAAGCGCCCGAUGAUGAGGAAGGGGACGAGAUUGUGUGGGACCCUAGAGUUACUUCCCCGCCUUCCCAUACGGGUCCUCUAUCGAACAUGCCUACCCCUCAUGCCCAAGCCCACCCGAGCACAAGUCCAAUCAGCCCUAUCAGCCCCUUGAAACGAAAUGUCGAUAUCAGUCCUGUUUCUGCACCUCAUCUUUCCGUCAAAGGGGCCCCCGCCCAAAAUGCGAGUUCUGUUGCUACAAAUCCGCACAAGACAACAGCACAGGAUCUUCUCGAUAACGUCCUGGGCCGACGGAGACCUGCGCUGGGGAUAGACUUGGGGCCUCGCAACUUGGCGCAUCCGCUUCCUCCAUCUCAACAACCUUCAUACUCUCCUCAACAACCUCUGCACUCGCCCAUGGGACAGCAACAUUCCGCGCCACCUCCACCACUUCUGUUUGGCCCUACCACCCAUGGAGGGUAUGGAACCAGCCAAUCGAUUUGGGCAACCUCGCCAGAUGAGGAUUCGCUGCAAUAUCGUCAGCGCCAGCCGUCCGGCUCAUAUCCCUUCGUACUGCCGUUCGCGGAGAAUCCACCGGUUUCGCCUGGUUCAUGGCCAUCAUUUACUCAACCGCAGACGCCUCAGCCACCGGAGAUUCGCCCAUUACCAUCUGCUUCCUUCUCACAGACGCUCAUGCCGAACACUCAUCGGCGCGUGCCGAGUGCCUCUACGCAGAUGGAUCAUGGCUACGGAGUGUAUGAUCAACAAGAUCCUGUGUUUUAUAGCUCAAACUCGCAAAAUAUUCAGCCUAUCGGGUCCUUCGUCUCAUCGGUCGCCUCCACCGGUAUGAACAUCGCCCCACCCGGUCAUCCCAUGCUUGCCGAGGCUGUGGCUGCGUCUAGAUCGUCUUCAUCGUUGUAUAUACAGAACGUGCCUCAGAGCAGACACCGCACGUACGGCUCACUCGACGUGUCCAAGUAUGAGCAACAGAGGGUCGGGAGUAUAUGGGGCGGCGCGGGGUAGUCAAGCCAUCACUCCGUUCCGCUCAGGGACACUUUUUUCGACAAUCUCUGAGAGCCGAGCUAGCUCGGUCUCAUUCUUGCGCAUUGAACAACGCCCUGUCUUCGACAGUCACUCGUCCUUUCCCUUGCCUCGGUGUUUUCUGGCUGGGUGCUCUGUUUGAUCAUGCCAGUCGAUGGUCAGCACACUACGGCUCUGGACAACCGCACAUGUCGGGCCCCUGCGUUGCCGUUACCGUCGAGUCUCCGCCUCUAUGAUCAGGUACGAUGAAUGUGCACACGUACAUAUGCCAAUAACUAUUUUUUCCUAUUCGUUGUCGUUGCCCCUUGUAACUUUUACUCGUCUCGAUGAAGUAUUCGAUCAGGCAGAUCUGUCGUUAUAGCCUUGUAGCAUCCCGUCUUUAUGUUCGCGACCCAAUGUGGCUGCCGUUUUUGUUGCCUCCUGAAUGAACACCCUUUUAGACCGUUC